GCUUACUUUUUGCUGAGCUAUUGUGAUUAUCCAAUCAGCUCAAACCUGUUGAAUCCUGUAUUAUAAAUACCCAUCUCCCCUCCAAUUCCCAUCAUCAUCAAAUUCAUUCUCUGCCAUUGUCUCUGUUUUCAAACUCCGUGUUUUGAUUUUCCGGUCAUUUUCCUUUCUGGGUCUUCUUUUUUUUUUUCAGUGUGAGCCAUGAAUGCCCUUGCUGCAACCAACCGCAAUUUCCGCCUCGCCUCUCGUUUACUUGGGUUGGACUCCAAGAUUGAGAAGAGUCUGCUGAUCCCAUUUAGGGAGAUCAAGGUGGAGUGCACGAUUCCCAAGGAUGAUGGAACGUUGGUGUCAUACGUUGGAUUUAGAGUUCAACAUGACAAUGCUCGUGGACCCAUGAAGGGAGGAAUCAGAUAUCAUCCUGAGGUUGACCCUGAUGAAGUGAAUGCUCUGGCUCAAUUAAUGACCUGGAAAACUGCUGUAGCAGACAUCCCUUAUGGUGGAGCAAAGGGUGGGAUUGGAUGCAACCCUAAAGACUUAAGUAAUAGUGAAUUGGAACGUCUAACUCGUGUAUUCACUCAAAAGAUCCAUGAUCUCAUUGGGACACAUACAGAUGUUCCUGCCCCUGACAUGGGUACUAAUGCACAGACAAUGGCUUGGAUUUUGGAUGAGUACUCAAAAUUUCACGGACACUCUCCAGCUGUUGUGACUGGGAAGCCCCUAGAUCUUGGUGGAUCGCUAGGUAGAGAGGCUGCAACUGGUCGUGGUGUUGUGUUUGCUACUGAAGCUUUACUUUCUGAAUAUGGGAAGUCAAUUAAUGCUUUGACUUUUGCUAUUCAGGGUUUUGGUAAUGUUGGGUCAUGGGCAGCAAAGCUCAUACAUAAUAGAGGUGGAAAGGUUAUUGCAGUCAGUGACAUCACUGGGGCAGUUAAGAACCCAAAUGGAAUUGACAUACCAGAGUUGCUAAAGCAUAAAGAAGCUACUGGAAGUCUUCUGAAUUUUGGUGGUGCAGAUGCCAUGGAUCCUAAUGAACUGCUUGUUCAUGAAUGUGAUGUUCUUAUCCCAUGUGCUUUGGGUGGAGUUCUGAACAGGGAAAAUGCUGCAGACGUGAAGGCCAAGUUCAUAAUAGAGGCAGCAAACCAUCCUACUGAUCCAGAAGCUGAUGAGAUUCUAUCUAAAAAAGGAGUGAUUAUACUCCCUGACAUAUAUGCAAAUGCUGGGGGAGUGACUGUCAGCUACUUCGAGUGGGUUCAGAACAUCCAAGGUUUCAUGUGGGAUGAAGAGAAGGUGAAUGCUGAACUUAAGAAGUACAUGACGCAAUCCUUUUAUAACAUCAAAAACAUGUGUCAAUCACAUAAUUGCAAUCUCCGGAUGGGUGCAUUUACGCUUGGGGUAAACCGGGUUGCUCGUGCCACCACCCUUAGGGGAUGGGAAGCAUAAGCAUAAGCAGCUUACUCAUUCCUUCUCUCGCUGUUUUAGUUCCAUAAACCUACGUUUCCAUUUAAAGCUGAAGUUAGCUCUGAAGCAAUUUUUACGUCCCCUUCAUAGUUAUAAUUUUUUUCAUGCAGAUUGUUUCUUAGUGUAUUUGUUGAGGGGUUUGUUUCAUUGUAGCGAUGGAAAACUUCUCCAGUUCUGAUUAGGGAAAAUAAACUCAUUGUUUCAUCAUUUUGGAUUUGAGGUUGAAGUCAUUGUAACACCUCAGCCUCUAUAAUAUAAUACUGCCAUUUUGAAUCAAACCAUUCAUUUUUG